AUCUCUCUCUUCACUGUCUCUCCAUUUUUUCUCUCCCUCUCUCUCCCAAGGUUUCAACUUCUCAUAGGGUGAAAUAGACGCAGCUUCAGCCAGUAAUCGCGGCCUAAAAGUUUCAUUUUUUUUUAUUUCGGAUUCUUUUUUGGGCAAUGUCAGCGACGCCGUCUCCCGGUGCUGCGCCGGCACCCAAGUCGCCGCCGGCUCCGGCGACCAACAAUACUUCCCCUCCACCCAGCCCUUCAGCUCCUCCACCGUCCACACCAGCAUCACCGCCGCCAGCUACGCCCUCUGCUCCGCCGCCAGCCACGCCCUCUGCUCCGCCGCCGGCGACUCCUUCAUCUCCUCCUCCAGCUCCGGCUACACCUUCUCUGAGCCCUCCUUCUCCUUCCCCUCCAUCAUCAACCUCACCACCACCAGAAUCUUCAGCGUCGCCUCCUCCACCGUCCAGUACCAACAGUCCACCGAGUCCGGCGAGUCACAGCCCGCCGUCUCCUCCAUCGAGCUCAAAUUCGCCGUCUCCUCCGUCGAGCUCAAAUUCGCCUUCGACUCCGAAUCGAAGUCCGCCGCCACCGUCUUCGUCGAAGUCGUCGCCGUCUCCACCUUCGUCAUCGUCCUCAUCGAGUAAUAUAUCAACUGGGGUUGUUGUCGCCAUUGCCGUGGGGGCUGUGGCGGUUCUUCUUGUGUUGAGUAUUCUCUGCAUUUGCUGUAGGAAGAAGAAGAGAAGACGUGAUGAGGAAUACUAUGCGCCGCCGCCGGUACCGCCUCAGGGACCCAAAGUUGAUCCAUAUGGUGGCCCACAGCGUCAGUGGCAACACAAUGCUCCCCCUCCUUCAGAUCACGUGGUCUCAGUAAUGCCAAAGCCAUCGCCUCCACCACCACCAGUUGCAUCACGGCCUGCCCACUCACCCGUUUAUGCUCCUCCACCGCCACCGCCUGCUUUCAUAAGCAGCAGUGGUGGCUCUGGCUCUAACUAUUCAGGCAGUGAAAACAUUCUUCCACCUCCUUCUCCAGGCUUUGGACUGGGUUUCUCAAAGAGUACAUUUACAUAUGAGGAGCUGGCCCGGGCAACAGAUGGCUUCUCUGAUGCCAACCUCCUUGGACAAGGUGGAUUUGGCUAUGUGCACAGAGGCAUUCUUCCUAAUGGAAAGGAAGUGGCUGUGAAGCAACUUAAGGCUGGAAGUGGGCAGGGGGAGCGUGAAUUUCAAGCUGAAGUUGAGAUUAUUAGUAGGGUUCAUCACAAACAUCUUGUUUCUUUGGUUGGAUACUGCAUUACUGGGACACAGAGGUUGCUUGUUUAUGAAUUUGUUCCCAACAAUACAUUGGAGUUUCACUUGCACGGAAAAGGGAGGCCUACCAUGGACUGGCCCACAAGACUGAAAAUUGCUUUAGGAUCAGCAAAAGGAUUGGCGUAUCUUCAUGAGGACUGUCAUCCUAAGAUCAUCCACCGUGAUAUCAAAGCUGCUAACAUUCUUCUGGAUUUUAAGUUUGAAGCAAAGGUGGCAGAUUUUGGACUUGCAAAGUUUACGUCUGAUAUUAAUACUCAUGUUUCCACUCGAGUGAUGGGGACAUUUGGUUACCUGGCUCCAGAAUAUGCUUCUAGUGGGAAACUCACUGACAAAUCAGAUGUUUUCUCCUUUGGAGUCAUGCUUCUGGAAUUAAUUACUGGACGCCGACCAGUUGAUUCAGGGCAUACAUUUAUGGAGGAUGGUUUGGUAGACUGGGCAAGGCCUGUGCUCGCUCGUGCUUUAGAAGAUGAAAAUUUUGACUCCGUGGUUGAUCCAAGACUCCAACAUGAAUAUGACCCCAAUGAGAUGGCUCGUAUGGUGGCAUGUGCUGCAGCUUGCAUACGACAUUCAGCAAAGCGCAGGCCAAGGAUGAGCCAGGUUGUUCGUGCUCUGGAAGGAGAUGUAUCUCUAGCGGACCUUAAUGAAGGAAUUAAGCCCGGCCAUAGCUCUGUCUACAGUUCUCAUGGAAGUUCAGAUUAUGACACAGUUCAAUACAAGGAGGACAUGAAAAAGUUCAGAAAAAUGGCAUUUGGUGGAGGAACCAAUGAGUAUGGUGCCAGUGGCGAGUACAGCGGACCACCUACGAGUGAGUAUGGCUUGUAUCCUUCUGGUUCAAGCAGUGAAGGCCAGAGUCGCCAGACCACAAGGGAAAUGGAGCUGAGAAAGAUGAAGAACAGCCAAGGUUUCAGUGGAAGUUCAUAGCAUCUUGUUCCAUCUAACUUGUAUAAAUCUAUAUCUUCCUUUUUUACACCUGUCAGUCUCACUUUGGUUGCUUUGACUGACAUUCUGAGUGAGUUAACUUCUUUUUUAAAAAUUGUAUCUAUAAGGGUUUUAAUUAUAAAACAAAUAAAAACACCAGUUCCAUUCUUUCAUUUGUUUUUUUGGCUGCUGUUUAUCUGUCAUUUUGCUGGUUGUUGGAAUUGUGGGUAGGGUUGGUGUUGUUAGCCUGUUGAUUUUCAAACUUGUCAUAUGGAGUAAGUUUCCUAGAUCUUGUCAUUCUCAACCAAACUGUAA